GAAACUGGAAGUAGGAAAACGAACAGACCUGGGUACUAAUGUUGUGAAAAGUGUAAAAAUAUUCUUUUGAACAACAACCAAGAAUAUCCGGAAGUCAGACUAUGUAGGUCGCAUACACGACCAAACUGUAAACCGAUUCUUAACCGGUAUUAAGUGUCGUGGUAGUCCUAAAAACAACCUUAGGACGUGUUCUACCAGCAUAUGAGUUGUAUUGAUCUAGAUAAGAAUGAAAUGAGAAUGCCUAUAACGCGGCGUUAAUGCGCUCUCGGAGACGGGCACAUAUAUGAACGAAUGUUACAUUCAUUCAUAUUCAAGUGUGCAUAUAAAGCCUGCAUUUCCUGCAGAGGAGUGGAGUCUAAAAUCAUUCACAAAUCCUGAAGUGCAUCCAAACAACACAUAUCCUCAGUACUGCGGGGCUCCGGCUGGGAGCCAUGGUUUCCCGAUCAAAAAGACAAAAGCAUGAUGUCUUAGCGUUUAUAUAUUGUUACAUUUUGCUUUUCAUCGUGUGAAUAGUGAUGCAGUGUCUAUGCUGAAUUCAGAACCCUGAUUAAGCGUGGGAAAUCAAUUAUUUCCUGUAUGUUUUUGUGCCAAUUCUGUCAGGAAACUUAACUUGCAUAUAAGAUUUUCACUUUCGAAUUCGCAUUUGUGAUGGAAAGAAAUGUAAACAUGCUCAUCGGUAUCAUUGCCGGAAUUGGAGGUCUAGUAUUGGGAAUUUCAGUAGUGGUCAUCUGUUCAUACCUCUGCUUUCGGAAAUGGAGAAAGAAGAAAACCCCAGUUAUGUUGAGGGCUUUCUAUCAGUCUAGACCCUACGAGGAGGAAGUUCCACCGACUCCAAGCAGCAUCCAAACAGACUCCGUAUAUUCUUUUGCAGCGCCAUCUAUAGCGAAUGAAGGGAUUAACCCCUCAGACACGAUAUCAUUUUCAUUCGACAAAACAGAGAGUCCGUACAUGGAGUUACCAAUAGAUGUCGAUAGUAAUGAAGAAUUCAAGGUCAAUUCCGGAAGAUUCCGGUUCUUGGACCCGGAACGCACGAAGGUUUGGAAAAGCGGUUGGAUAGAACGGUUUUCCCGUAUGAUCGAGACAACUGAGACAUACUCCAAAGCCUUUCAGAGACCACGGAAUUCUGGGGUAAUCACCGAGCUCACCGAAAACUGUGAUAGUGAAGACGUAAAAGAAAGGAAUUCGCAGAACCUGGAUAUGAGAGAGAGACUUGUGGUCGAUGUGCCGACAGGAAAUGAUAUUUAUGCACGUGUAAAAAAAUAAGAACUUUCCAUCGUGUCAUUCAAUUCGUGAAAUGUCAUAAUGCCACAUUCUUUCACCCAAUUUUAAAGUACAUGGUUGUUAUGCUGAAAGUACAAUUAUUUAAGAUUGACUGCUUACAGUGUAGAAGUUUGUUGGUUUGUCCCCCCUUGUUGUUCAAUGAUAUUCUCAUACAGUGUUGUGAAUGUUCAAUUCAUUUUUAUAUAUAUUAGAAUUCGUUCUUUCUUACUUUCUGGCCUAUAAUGGAAUCGGAUGAGCAGUAUCAUCAUGAAGGAAACUAUAACUUCACAUCCCCCUGAAUUUGUCACUAUAUAGAUAUGGUGUUUAUCUGUGUAGAUAGUGCUAGUUUUAGUGAAUGCUCCAAUACAACUUCUUUGGAUGUGCUCGAUUCGUUUUGUGGUGGUGUGAUGUGUGAUCUUGUUAGAUUAAUUACGAUCCCAAAUGAAACUCCACUAAAGUAAAUGUGAUUAUACUCGAUUGUUCAUAGAUUGCAAUGAUUGCCACGACUAAUAUACGGAAAUAAAUAUUCGUACUUUCCC